UAGGAUACCAAUGGAAGAUUUGAUUGGGGGUAAAGGACAGGAAAAUUUAUCAAGAAUUGGAUUUACUAAGCAAAUGGUUUCAAUGGGCCACCAAGCUUGUGGAGCUCUUAAUCUUUGGAAUUAUCCAAUGUGGAUGAGGGAUCUUGUUCCACAAGACAUCGAUGGAACUGAUAGGCCAGAUCAUGUCGACCUUGCAGCUCUUGAAAUUUAUAGGGACAGAGAAAGAAGUGUUCCUCGGUACAAUGACUUCCGAAGGGGGCUGCUGCAAAUUCCAAUUUCUAAAUGGGAAGAUUUGACGGAUGAUGAGGAAGCUAUCAAAACGCUUCGUAAAGUUUAUGAUGAUGAUGUGGAAGAAUUGGAUCUGUUAGUGGGACUCAUGGCAGAAAAAAAGAUAAAAGGCUUUGCCAUUUCUGAAACUGCCUUUUUCUUAUUCCUCGUCAUGGCAGCAAGGAGACUAGAGGCAGAUAGAUUUUUCACUAGCAAUUACAACAAGGAGACAUACACGGAAAAGGGACUUGAAUGGGUGAAUACAACUGAAAGCUUAAAAAAUGUACUAGAUCGACAUUACCCAGAAAUGACUGGGAAAUGGAUGAACUCCACUAGCGCCUUCUCUGUAUGGGACUCUUCUCCAGAACCUCACAAUCCUAUUCCCGUCUACUUUCGUGUUCCUCAACAGUAGACCCCUCCCUCAUCAGUGUACUUAUCAAAAUAAAAAGAAGUGAAUUGCGUGUUUGUUAACUUUUUUACCUGCACGUUUGUAUUUAGACCCAUGUACUAUGCUCACUUGUUUGAUUUGGUAAGCCAUUUUAUAAAACUAGUCCAGUUUGUAAUAUGAUUUUCCUGAUUUGAAGUUAAUGUUGUUCAUCUUUUAUGUAAUGUUUCUUGACGAGUGAAUUGUAAUCCCUUUUAUGUUGAAGUUUAAUAUAUUUUAUGUAACAAGUGAGAAUCCUAGUAACAUUAUUUUUAUU